AUGGCGGCCGGCGCUGCAGCAGCCAGGAGCCCAGGCGUUCAGGGACCAACUUCCUGCGGGCCGAGACCCCUGAGCCUCUCCGGGGUUGUGCCUCGCUCGGUCCGCACCGGCCUGCCGAGCCAGAUCUCUGCCCUGGGCGCGGGGACGCCCGCCAGGUGCCCGGGAGUCCCGACUCGGCCGCUGCCCGCGCCUCUGUCUGUCCCCGCUCCUCGCGCCAAGGACCCCAGCUACCGCCGUCUCGGCUCGUGCCAGGGACCUCGUGCCACCUUCCGGGCGGCCUCCGCGCAGCAGGAGCAAUGCAGACUGUCCCGCUGGCGGUCUAGACCCUCUUGCCGCCCCCCUCGCCUCUGCCGUUGCACUCCCCGAGGCCUUCGAAGAGGGGCGGUGGCUGCCCAGAGGUGCUCGGCUACACCUUCCUUCGGCCCGAGAGGACCUUCCUGGCCGCACGGAACCGACCCUUCCUUCAUGCUGCAGUGCCGCAACAUUUCCGCCACCGAGGGGGAAAAGCGGCCGCGAUCCCAAACAAAACACAAGAAUUGGUGUGUGACUCAUCUGCUUGGAUACCUCCAGUCCCCAAACUGUCUUCCAGGAGUUUUCUUGGCCGAAGCUGGCCGAUGUUUGAGCCUUUUCUUCCCAGGGAAGAAGAUGGACUGA